UGAGAGUAGAAGAGCAGGUGCCAGUGGGAUGCUCGACCGACGGGAUAGCAGACUCGUCGGGAGGGGGGCAGGCGGAGUACACUGCGUCGCCCUAGGGUCAUCCGAUGGGAUGUGUGUCACCGGAGGGGUUAGGCAGGCGGAUAGUCAAUGCCAAGUGAACCACCGGUGGAGGAGAGAUCGUCACCGAUGGGAGAGCCGGCAGACAAGUGGUCGAUGCCUGGGGAGGAGGAUUGCAAGAGACGGGGGGACUGUGUUCAGGUGGGGGAGGGCCCGACUGCCGCGGUGGAGGAAGAAGUGGGAGUAGAAGGGCCGGGUCCCGUGGAGCGAGGGGCCGGUCGAGUAAAGCGGCUAGCGUUGGGGCAGUUGGUCUGGUGGAGAGGCAGAAGGCGGUCGGGAGGCACGAUCCUGGCGUUCCGUCCGCAUAAGGUGGGCUGUCUGGAGGUCCUCAAUGGUGAAUUGGGAAGGGUCGAGAGAGGCAGCGUCGAAGACGUCAUCGGAGGUGGGUGGAGUGGUGUCGUUAUGGAAAAAGCGGGGGCGCGAGGGAGCGGGCGCGGACUGGUGAUGGGGGUGGAGUCGUCAAUCGUGGUGAAGCAUGCGAGAGAGGAGGUCAGCAAGGGGCAUGUCGGGUUCGUGGGCGAGGGCGGUUGCAAGGUCUUUGUGGCAUACUCGCUUGAUGCGGGAGAUGAACACAAAGUCGGGAAUGACAGUGGUGGGGAGGUGAUAGCGGAGGGAGCGGAUGUAUUGGACGAAGCGAUCCGUGGGACCGGUCUGGCGAAGGUGACAGAAUUGUUCGAGGUGGUCAUCGAUGGUUUUCUGGGGGCGAAAGGUGGCAGUGAGAAGGUUGGCCCAUUGGAGGAAGGAGUGACGUGGUCCUCCGGAGGCUCGGUCGUUGCUGACUUCAGCCAUCCACCACUUGGCGGCAUUGCCGAGGAGGCGGGAGGUGGCAAUGGGGAACCAGUGGGCAAGGGACAUGUGGUGGAGGUGAAAAGAGUUCUGGAGCUGGGUUAGGAAGAGGAAAAUGUCCUCGUGGGGGAGGCCGAAGAAGGACCUGAUGUCGAUGGAUCGGAAGGAACAGGGGAUUUCCCCGUCGCGGGGAACAAUCCGGGCGAGGGUGUUGAAGCUGAGGUUAUCGGGGGUGGUGUCGUAGCAGGGGUAGUCGAGUUGGUUGUUGUCCUCAAGAAGGUAGUUGGGGGGGAGUUGUGGCAUUGCAGGGUAAACCCCGGAGGUGACUUGGGAAUAGGUGGGACGGAUGGUGGGGAUGGUGGAGGUCGUCAUGAUGGAAGGGUAUGAGAGUGCGGGGGGGGAAGAGGGGUGACGUGGAUGGGCGAGGAAUGAGGCGGUGUGUUGGAUGCGCCGGAUGAGGGAGGAGGUGGGGGGAAUGAAAUGGUG